UGUUCAGGAUUCUAAACCAAGCAGUGCUUCACAGGAAGCUUCUGCCCAUUGGUGGUGGACAAAGGAAUCAGUAGACCAGGGAAGUUUAUCUUGGUGAAAUGGAAGAACGUAUUUCCCGAUGCCUCUGGCCAAGUUGAUUCACCUUGCUGUGGUACUUUUUAAAGUCCUGCCCCAACUGUAUGGUACUUUAUAGAAACUUCUAGGAGAUUAUAGCCAUUUCUGGAGAUCUUGUGAAUUUUUUUUCUUAUUUAAUUUUUUAAUGGCCAUUUAAAUAGAAAAGUCAGAAAGGUAUUCUCUGACCAUGUAAUCUUUCCUAGAUGUCUCUAGGAAUUUUUUUUACUCCUCUUUCUUAGUGCCAGUUAAUGAUCUAAUUAAUCCUUUCAAAUUGAGAAAAGAACCAAAAUACCAGAAAAUCUUUGAAGACUGAAGAUAAUCUGGAGUCUGCUCUACCUCUCUUCCUUUGUAUUACCUUCAGUAUCACACUGCAAGAUAUAACGACUAGGCGUAAAGAUCCCACGGAUAAUCCAAAGAAAUCUGUUCAAGUGGGCAUUUGUCAACAGAUUACUUGAAUUUCAAUUAGAGGAGCAGAAAUGCCGCCAAGUACUCCACCACCUCAAGUUGUACCUCCAGAUGGAGGGUGGGGCUGGGUUGUUGUUGGAGGUUCUUUUAUCUCCAUUGGAUUUUCGUAUGCGUUCCCCAAGGCCAUCACAGUAUUCUUCAAAGAAAUUCAGACAAUAUUCAAUACUUCCUACAGUGAAAUAGCUUGGAUAUCAUCCAUUAUGCUGGCUGUUAUGUAUGCAGGAGGUCCAAUCAGUAGUGUCUUGGUAAAUAAUUAUGGCAGCCGGCCAGUGGUGAUGGUGGGAGGUUUGCUGUGCUGUUUAGGAAUGCUCCUGGCCUCUUUCAGUGCCACUGUACUGCAGCUUUACCUCACUAUGGGAUUCACCGUAGGUCUAGGUUUGGCUUUCAACCUGCAACCGGCCUUAACAAUACUUGGCAAAUACUUCUAUAAAAAACGUCCCAUGGCAAGUGGAUUGGCCAUGGCAGGAAGUCCUGUUUUCUUAAGUACAUUGGCUCCUUUCAAUCAGUACCUUUUAGAUACUUAUGGCUGGAAGGGAAGCUUCUUGAUUUUGGGAGGCAUCUUUUUGAAUUCUUGUGUGGCUGGGUCCCUCAUGAGACCCCUUGUACCCAAAAAAACUACUUCUAAAUCUAAAAAUAAGAUUGCUGUAAAAGCAGAAAGUUCAGGUGUGAAGAAAAUCCAUGAGAAGUCAACAUGGGAAAAAAUUAAUAUGUAUUUAGAUUUCUCCCUUUUUAAGCAUAGAGGAUAUCUUAUAUACCUGUCCGGAAAUGUCAUUAUGUUUUUUGGGUUUUUUGCCCCCAUUAUAUUCUUGGCUCCAUAUGCUAAAGAUAAGGGAAUCAAUGAUUAUCAGGCAGCUUUGUUGCUGUCUGUUAUGGCUUUUGUUGAUAUGUUUGCUAGGCCUUCCGUAGGAUUAAUUGCAAACUCCAAAUUAGUCAGACCCCGAAUCCAGUACUUCUUCAGUCUCGCAGUUAUGUUUAAUGGAGUGUGUCAUCUGUUGUGCCCACUGGCACAAACCUACACAAGCCUAGUGGUAUAUGCUGUAUUUUUUGGCCUUGGAUUUGGGAGUGUUAGCAGCGUUCUCUUUGAAACUCUUAUGGACCUUGUUGGUGCCCCAAGAUUUUCUAGUGCCGUGGGACUUGCCACAGUUGUGGAAUGUGGCCCAGUUCUUCUUGGCCCUCCUCUUGCUGGUAAAUUGGUGGAUAUAACUGGAGAAUAUAAAUACAUGUAUUUAUCCUGUGGGGCUAUUGUGUUUGUAGCAAGCGUAUGGCUGCUCAUUGGCAAUGCUAUAAACUAUAGAUUGCUUGACAAGGAAAGGAAGAAGGCACGAGCAAGGAAGAAGAUGAGUACACUUGAGUCCAGAGAGUCUGAACACUUGAGCAAAUCUAAACAUUCGGAAGACGGUCAGAAAGCAAAGACUACUCCCUCAGAAAGAGAAACUAAUAUCUAACAAGAAUCACAUCUCCAAUUUCAGUAUUUAUAAAUUGUCCUAGGAGCUUGUUUUGUUUUUCAAAAUAUCAGAAAAAGUUUUUAAUUGAAAUGAAAAGUCACAGUUAAGGAUGGAGAUGAGAUUUUCCUCAAUGGCAAAUUUUUAAUUAAUUUUUUAAAAACUUAUUUGGGGAGUUAAAUUUUGAGAUUGUGUAUGUAAAGAAUCCAUGCAAUGGAUUUAUUUCCAUACAUGACUCCGGGUCUGAUGGUUAAAAUGCUAAUUUUAAAGUCUUCCAGUGACUUCAACCCUUGGUUAUAUAUAGAGUUCUGAAUCCCAAACUCCUGAUUUAAGUAAUUAGAAGGAGGAUGUUUAAUUCUAUAAAAUGACCCUCUUCACAUUUCAUUUUUUAUUGAUAUUAAAGUGUGAAUAGACUUGAGGGAAAAUUAAUUCUCCCCUCAUACACACAAACACAUUAUUCUCACAUAUAUACCUACAUGUACACACAAUAUCUGGAGAAUAAAAAACAAAUUGAAAAAUAAUAUUAUCACUGUAAUUUAUUUUUUAAGUAAAAGAAAUCUGUGGAGACAAAAGAAAUGUAUUACAUCUCUAUGCCAUUUUACAAUGAAUUUUAAAGAUAAGCACCUGGGUAAAAAUGAGAAUGAUCUUAAUUCAAAAAUGCAAUUGGCUGCUAUAGAAAGCAUUUGCAAGUACAAAAUACAUUUGGUAAAGAAAAGAGAAAAAAUCCAUUUUAAGCUAUUAUAGCUGAGCAUGGUUAGACUUGAUUAAUUCAUGCACAUGGUUUCUUUUGGGGGCUGGGGACGGGCCUUAGUACCUGGUGCUAGAGAACAGAACCUUUAAAUAAUUUUCGGAAUUCUUAGAAAUAUGUAAAUCAAAUUAAAGGUCUAAAUGAAUCUUA